ACCUUUGCUUCAUCAGCCAGUCUCACUGCAAGGCAUGUUGCUGUCACAGACGGCUGGGAAAGCACUCCCCGGUGUGGAAAGAGAGGGCUUGCCACCGCUUUGGACUUCUAGGGACAUUUCUUUCCCGGAAGAAAUUUAAUUUAAUUGAAACCACCUCCAGAAGAUUCACUACUGCACUGUAGACGGGGAGCAAAGCCAGGAAGGACCGGCAUGGGAAUCCUGUAUUCUGAGCCCAUCUGCCAGGCAGCCUACCAGAACGACUUGGGGCAAGUGUGGCGGUGGGCGAAAGAAGACAACCAUUUCGUGGAUGUCCAAGAUGGCUUCAACGGAGACACUCCCCUCAUCUGCGCCUGCAGGCGAGGCCACGUGCGAAUUGUCUCCUUCCUCUUAAAGAGAAAUGCUGAUGUCAACCUGAAAAACUUGAAGGAGAGAACCUGCUUGCACUAUGCUGUGAAGAAGAGGUUUACCUUCUUCGAUUAUCUACUCAUUAUCCUUUUAAUGCCUGUCUUGCUCCUCGGAUAUUUCCUCAUGGUAUCAAAGACGAAGCAGAACGAGAAUCUUGUACGCAUGCUCCUUGAUGCUGGUGUCGACGUUAAUGCUACUGACUGCUAUGGCUACACUGCCUUGCAUUAUGCAUGCCAGAUGAAGAACCAGACUCUCAUCCCUCUGCUUCUGAGAGCCCAUGCAGACCCCAUGAUCAGGAACAAGCAUGGAGAGAGUUCCCUGGAUAUUGCACAGAGACUAAAAUUUUCCCAGAUUGUAUCGAUGCUCAAGAAAGCCUCAUAGUCCUGUGACUUCUCAUGUGGUGACAGAGACACAGCCGAAGGACAGGAUGUUAUUCCUGUCUUGGAUAAUUGUUACUCUACGGGCACUCAAGCUGGGUGCAUCUGCCCUGUGACAAGCACUGGUCUUAGAAUGACUUUUAUUCAGUGGAGGUCACUAUGGCCACGAUCUCUGAAGCACCCAUGACACUUGUUGGAAUCGCUAUUACUGUCAAAGCUAAAUUUUUAAAAAAUUCCAAUUCAGUGUUUUCUAAAGACAAGUUGGAGUUACCUGAGGUUACAUUCUCUUUUCCUAGUUGUGACAUCUUUCAGGAGACUUUGCCCUCCAUCCUGUCCUGGGAGAUGAAUGGUUCUUCACAGGUGCUUUGACAUACUAAGCCAAACAAUGAAAGCAUGUGCACUUGGACAGCAUGGCAUGUAUGUGCAGGGAGCUAGAGAUUCCAGCAUGAAUGUCCGUUGAUGGAAAAUCUUCAGGAAAAAACAUGCCAGGUGUCAGUUAUGAGCUUAUCCAAACCAUAGAAAUUGGCACAUGCUCCAUGGCAGAACUGUUUUUUCCCAUUGUUUCUGGGGGGCUGGUUUACCAAUAUAGCAGCAUACA